ACUAAGCGUCUGGCCUCUUCCUGUGAGAGGUGUCUUCGCGCUGAUGGGGAAGAAGACGCGGGUGGUGUCCGGUCGGAGACCUAUUUUGCAAUUAUCACCACCAGGGCCACGCGCUGUCACUAAAGAAGAGGCUGGGUCGGGUUCUGAAGAUGAUCUAGAAGAGAAGAUACCUGCAUCACAAACAGGAGGAAGCAGUUCGGAGCUUCAGGCUACAGUCAUGAAACCUACAGGUGGAUUAUGCCUGCUUGGCGCAUAUACAGAUAGUGAUGAGGAUGAUGUGGACUCCUCUGAAAAACCCGUUGUUAAAGCAUCUGCCAAAGUCAACACUUCAGGAGACAUUGAUAACACUCUAGCCAACUUCCUUGCGGAAAUUGAUGCCAUUACUGCACCUCCUCCACCGGAUGCAGCAACUGCUCCCCCUCCCACCCCACCAAGACCAGAUCCAAAGGACUCCCAUUCUGCUGCCUCAGUUACUCACAAUGGAGCCGAUCACACCGCAGGAACAGAGUGGCAUUUUGAUACUCAGUGUUCUGUUUCCGCAGUUGGGAUCGAAAUGGGGGACUGGCAGGAGGUGUGGGAUGAGAACACUGGAUGUUACUACUACUGGAACACUAACACUAAUGAAGUAACCUGGGAGCUUCCCAAGUGUCUGGCUAACCAAGUUCAGGGGGCUCAGGGAUACUCCAGCAGUGUGGCCGUAGGAAACUCUGAGGUCCCAUAUGUUGUUCAGUCUGAUACGUUACUAGAUUCAAAGGAGGAAGCAGUUAGCACCAUUGUGUGCAGCACAGCUGCAGUCCUGAAGAAAGACCUAAAAAAGGAUGUGAAUGAGGCAGUUCAAGCUCUUUCUAGCAAGGAAGAGGAGAAAAUGGGAGUGGCUGCCUCACUGCUGGCCCCACUUUUACCAGAAGCAGUAAAGGAGGAAGAGGAAAGAUGGAGGCGCAGAGUAAUAUGCAAAGAAGACAUGGGGGAAGCAGCUUCUGAAGAGGACGAGGACAUGGUUCCUGCUUCUACAGAAAUUGGAGUAACUGGACUAGAUAUAGAUGAACCUUCACAGGAGGAUGUGUGCAGCACUGUACAGUCAGGCGAAAGUGAUGAAGAAAUAGAAGAGGAGGAAACUCGGGAGCUAGAGAUGGUGUUGGAAAGAAAGAAGGCUGAGUUACGAGCUUUGGAGGAGGGAGAUGUUAGUGUAACUGGAUCUAGUCCACGCUCAGAUUUCAGCCAGUCGGAUGAGGCACAAAAAGCAAAGUUUACUAAAAGCAAGUGGAAGGUUUUUGUUCCAUCAGCCAGCCCAGAAUCAAACAGCCGCAGUUCUAGCAAGACUGGUCGAGACACUCCAGAUAUCGAACUUGCUGCUGAAGCUGCUGAAUGUCCUGAGUCUGUUAAAGAUGCAGAACCUGAAGAAUCACAAAUUAAAACACUGCCAAAAUCUUUAGAAGAUGAAGAUGGAGAUCUAAAGUUUCAGAUUGGAGAAAUGGCAAACGGUUUGAUUAGCAAGCUGGAAUUCCUGGGAAUUAAUAAACAAUCGGUUUCCAACUUCCAUAUACUGCUGUUUCAGACUGAGACUAGGAUAUCAGAUUGGAGGGAAGGGGCACUGAGCGGAAACUAUCUGAAACGCAAACUCCAGGAUGCAACAGAACAAAUAAAACUGUAUGAAAUUAACGCCACUCCAAAGGGCUGGUCCUGCCACUGGGACAGGGAUCAUAGGCGCUAUUUCUAUGUUAACGAGCGCUCAGGAGAGUCUCAAUGGGAAUUCCCAGAUGUGGAAGAGGAGGGGCUGGCGGGUCAAAAUAAAUUGUCAGAAAAGGAAAAGUUUGCAGGUGUCCCAGCUCCUCCGGCUCCUCCAGCUGAAUUACCGUCAAAUAUUUCAGAACCUUUCUCCGUCAAGCUACCCAGUGCUCCAGCAGCACCAUUCUGGGACCACCAUCAGCCCCCGCUUCCCUUAGAAAUACCUCUCCCACCUCCCCCUCCCCCGCCAGAGUCUCCACCCCCUUUACCACCACCACCUCCUCCCUCGCCUCCUCCACCCCCACCACCACCCCUUCCCAUAGAGGAGUGUGAGAUUGAAGAGGUGGAAAUGGAGGAAGAUGAUGGAGGUGAACCUCCUGCCCCAGGAACAGAAGAUGUGCAAGUGAAACCACCUUUUUCUGAACCCGUCCAGAAGAAGGCGGAGCUCGUGUCUCAGAAGAAGUCUGAUGUUCAGACUAAAGUGGACUCUUCUGGCUCUGGAAAAGCCUCGAAAAGGAAAGCUGUGGAUAUGUUUGCAGAACAGUCUGUUACCAUUGGGAGCUGUCCAGUUCUGUAUUCACAACCGGCUAUUCCAGCAGUUCCAGCAAUGAGUGCAAUGAGCAUCCCAGCUAAUUAUAUGGGCCUGCCCCUUCAGGUUCCUUCUUCUGUUAUGAGUACUUUGGACUACCCCAUUCCUAGCAGCAGUUUGGUACCUACCAUUCCACAAGUGAUACCACAUGGAAUUUUGCCACAAUCUUCUGUUUCCAAGCAACCAAGCCAGCCACAGCCUCCGGCACCACCAAGCAAACCUCAGCCCACAGAGAAACCAAAAAAGACCAAGAAAGAAAAGGUUAAAAAGAGUAAGGUAAAAAUGCCUUCUUUAGUCCAGAAAUGGCAGAGUAUUCAACGGGAGCUGGAUGAGGAGGAGAACUCAAGCUCCAGUGAUGAAGACAGAAUUGUCGUCAAUCAGAAACGUAUUGAUGAAUGGAAAAUGCAGCAGUUAACAAGUGGGAUGGCGGAGAAAAAUGCCAACUUUGAAGCCUUACCUGAAGAUUGGAGAGAUAGGCUAAAGAGGCGAAAAACGGCUUCCAGCACGUGACCGGAUUCGUUUUGUACUUUGUAUAGUUUAUUUACACACAACAGAUUUGUAAAUAUUACCCAGCCCCUUUAUGUCACCUCUGCAGUCUUACUUUUUAUUUUUAAUUUAUAAAGUCCCAUAAAAGGCCUUAGCCCUUAAAGAAUUUUUUUUUUUCCCCGUCACAUUCUGUUGUCUUUUCUCUUUGCAUGCACCUGGCGCUUUUUUUAUUUUUUUAUUUAUCUUCUUAAAAGUCCAUUAAGUUAUUUCAGGCCUUUCUUUCCUGUAUCUACAUAAACACAGCCGCUGCAGUGACCUACACCUUGUCGCUAUGAUGUGGCCCACUACUCUAAAAGGUGACUUGGUGCCACUGUGUUGAGCUUGGAUGGCACACUUUAGGCCCAAUUAAAUGGCUAGAACAGCCUGAAAAAAGGGGAUAACUGUGUUCGGGAAGCAUUUGGAGUCUGGUGUAUUAAUAACAUGACAAAAUUGACAAUAAAAAAGAAAAAAUCCAUAAAGGGACGUGAAACCCAACAUUUUUCUUUUUCUUAUUUUUCAUGAUUCAAAUAGAAUGUGAUUUUAAAUAACUUUCCAAUUUGCUUCAUUCUCUUGACAUCCUUUUUUGAAGCAGCAGCUGUGCACUACUGGGAGCUAUCUAAAGACAUUUGGUGAACCAACGAAGAGGCAAUUUUCUGCAAUCAGCAGCUAGCUCCCAGUAAUACAUUCCUGCUCCUUAGCUUACCUAGAUAUGCCUUUCAUCUAAGAAUACCAAGAGAAUUAAGCAAUUUAGAUAAUAGAAGAAAAUGAAGUUGUUUAAUAUCACAUGUUCUGCUUGAAUCAUGAAAUAUUUUUUUGUUUCAUGUCCCUUUAAGAUUCUUAAAGCAAACUUCUGCUUUAAAACUACUCCACACAGUUUCUUAAAUGUUUGCAUCAUUCUAGUUAACUUGUCAUAGCAGAAGACCUGGGUAUGCAGAGACAUGUCGUGUCUAAUUUUACCUAUGUUUUUCUUGCUUUAUGAAUGUAGCCGUCAUCCUACUUGGCAUUUUUUGUUGUUCACAAUGUGACAAGGCAAGUCAGUACAGUCAGUAGAAAUUUGUAACAAUAAUGCUAUUGAAUUUUAUCUAAGUUCUUCAGUAGCUCGUGUGGAACGGCUUCCCAUUGGCUGUACUACCUGCUUUAUCACAUCUGCAAAAAACAAAAAGCAGAGUAGAGGCGGGUGGCUGGCUGCAGAUGAAAAGAAAACUUAAGUAGAAUUGGUUUAAAAAGUUUUUUAGAUUUAUUAUUGAAUGCUAUCAAAUCUAUGCAUUUACUUUCAUAUCCAGAUGUUCUAUUAUUCUGUUUACUAUUGCUUUAAAGGAACAUUCUAGUGACACACACAAUGGGUUUUAAUCUGUAUAGCGUAUGAUGUUAAGCACAUUUAAUUGCCUCCUCUGCUCAUUACUAUUCUAAAUGUCCUCACCGUACUUCCUAGUAUUAAGUUAACUGCCAGAUGCAUGUAUUGGUGAGUCACAUGUUCAGCCAAUCACAAUACAUUGUAUUAUUGAGCAAUGCUAAAAUUUUGCAACAAAACACUGCUUAUGUGCACAUGUGAGAUGUUACCAACCUCACGCACAUAAUACGGCUGUGAUUAAAGCUCUUGAGUGUGACCGCAAAGUGGACAUUGCAUGUAAGGAAUAACUGGAAUAAGAUAUUAGGCAAAAAAAUAGAGAUGAAGGGUCAUUCUAGACCUGACAGCUUCUCAAAUAUUGUCCUUUUUUAUCUUGUUAUUGGACAUUCACACAAUUACAAAUCUUAAUGAUUUGUCAUUUUCAGUAUCUGUACAAAUUGCCCUGGCUAUUAGAGGGUGAGUUAACAUCUUGAGAUUCUACACCUUUGCAACAAACUUUCAUUAUUUUGUCUUCUGUAAAUAUAAUUUAUCUCUAAAAAAUUGGACUUUUUUAUUUUCAGAAUAAAAGAAAGUACACAACUUUUCAAGGAGAACCCUGCUACAUAUUGUUUGCAAAUUGAUAAGAACUGUAAAACAAUGCAUUUUAUGCUAGCUUAAUGACCAGGGCUAGCCUUGUGAGCUGCAGACUCACUGGCUUUUCCUGAAGCAAGUGGUGAGUGAAGUUUGCCUAUUAAACACAAUUUCAGCAGACAAGCUGUUAGUUUUAGAAUGCUGAUAUGUUAUUCUUUAGCGAGAUGUCUUGUAAUUGCAAGGUGUUUACUGUCCCUUUAAAUGACAGAAAUUAAUUAUAAAUGUUCAGUUUUCCAGUGCACACGAGAGAUGUUACAAACUCCAUGCACACGUGGCUAUUUCAUCUAAGCCAGUGAUUUUUAACCUUUUUUUUUGCCGUGGCACACUUUUUUACAUUAAAAAAUCCUGUGGCACACCACCAUCCCAAAAUUUUAAAAAAAUCACACAUUGUAGCCUAAUACAGCAUAUAUAUAUACACAUACACACAAACACACACAUACUGUAUGCAUUGUGCUGUUAUGCCAAGCCUCCUACAAACUACCCCUGCACUGGGAGUAAAAAACAAGCAAAGUUUAAAAAAUAUGUCACACUGUUGUCAGUCUGCCGUGGCACACCUGAGGAUCUCUCACGGCACACUAGUGUGCCACGGCACACUGGUUGAAAAACACUGAUCUAAGCAAUAAUGGGUCUUUUUAAUUUUUUAAUUAUCUGUUUGGAAAUCGGACGGAUUGUGUUAUACAAGUUUAUUAAGCAGUGUAUGGUGAAAUGGGUUUGGAAACAUCUCUAACGUUCCUUCAAGUUAAUGCAUAACAUAAUUUUUAACAUCUGCACAAUUCAGAAUCCUAAUGAUUUGUUAUUUUUGGUAUCCAGGCAGUGUAUUUAAGACACUGGCCAUUACAUUCAAGAAAAGAAAAAUGAAUUUUUAAUGUUUGUUUUCCUUUGUCCUCUGUAAAUGUUGUACAUAUUAAUAAACUGAUUUUUACCUAAUA